CGUGAGAGUGAGACAGAGAGUUUGUCAGCAGUCAGCUCGCUGCGAGGCGCUCGUGAAGGCUUUUUAACUUUUUUAUUUUGCUUUUUCAUUUGCAGAGAAAGUGUGUGAGCUCAGGCUGAUGAGGUUUGACUUCAGACACUGAAGAGCUGAAACUUUGGCGGUGAUUCCUCUCGAUGAUUUGCGGUGUUUUCCGCCGUUUGGAGCAGGUGAAGAAGAGCAGAGAGCAGCGAGCAGCUGGGACAGAAGUGUGCUGACCCUCAGGUGAUCCUCGUCCUAAUGGCCGCCAACGCCACCCCUCAGGGCUGCGGCCCCAACGUGGACUCCCUCUACUACAACCUGUGUGACCUGAACGCCGUGUGGGGCAUCGUGCUGGAGGCCUUCGCGGCGGCCGGCAUCAUCUUCUCAUUUGUGCUUUUCAUCUCGCUGCUGGCCAGCCUUCCCUUCACGGGGGACAAAAACCGCAAGAGCUCGGUGGCUCUCAGCGCCUGGUUCCUGGUCUUCACCGCCGGCCUCUUCUGCCUCACCUUCGCCUUCAUCGUGGGGAAGGACUUCUCCACCUGCGCCUCGCGGAGGUUCCUCUUCGGGGUGCUGUUCGGCGGCUGCUUCGCCUGCCUCCUGAUGCAGAGCGUGAGGCUGAACAUCCUCGCCAGGCGGAACAGCGCGCCCCGUGUGUGGCCGUUAUGUCUGGGGGCGUUGGCGUUGUGGCUGGUGGAAGUCGUCAUCAACACCGAGUGGCUCAUCAUCACCGUGGUGCGCCACCCACUGGGGCCGCUCAACGCCACAGCCGCAGCUAGCAGAGCCACGGCCACGCCUUGCAACAUCGCCAACGAGGACUUCGUCAUGGCGCUGAUCUACGUGAUGACGCUGAUCCUGGCCGUGGUGGUGGCGAGUCUCGCCAUCAUGGCGGGAAAACACAGUCAGUGGAAGAAGGAGGGCGCCUUCAUCUUCGUCACCAGCCUGGUGUCCGUGGGGAUCUGGGUGGCGUGGAUCGUCAUGUACGUCUACGGGAAUGAGCGGACAGGGGGGCCCACGUGGGACGACCCCACCUUGGCCAUCGCCCUGGUAGCGAACGCGUGGGCGUUCCUCAUCCUCUACACCAUCCCCGACAUCUGCAGUCUGGCCAGCGACGAUGACAGCCAGCAGAGCUUCGGCGAAGACCUGUACCCGAGCCGUGGAGUCGGCUACGAGACGAUCCUGAAGGAGCAGAGCUCCCAAAACAUGUUCAUGGAAAACAAGGCGUUCUCCAUGGACGAGCCCAACCAAGCGUCCAAGCCCGUGUCUCCAUACAGCGGCUACACGGGUCAGCUGCGAGGUUCGGUCUACCAGCCCACUGAGCUGGCUCUCAUCAGCAAAGCAGUGGGAAAUCAGCCUCCGGACGUGUCCUAUGACAUCGUCAUUCCCAGAGCGUCCGCCCACUCUGCAGCCAACAGCGGGACCAGCACCCCCUCCACGCACACCGAGACCGCCGGCGCCACACACGCACAGACUAACGGAAAUAGCGGGAACGGUCUUCAUAGGACGUCUCAGUGGUGAACUCGCGGCGGCCUCGACACCUCGUCACGGUAACUCUUCAUCUGCGCUCUGACUGUGUAUUUGCUGUUCUCCACGGUUCCCCUGAGCUGGUUCUGAGAGGAACCCUCGACCCAGACGUGCGGAGGUGAACGCCGGGUCACGCCUAAAACCUCCUAUUGACUGGUUUCCCAUGAUGCCGCUGGGUAUCAGACAGUAAAGAGCUUCAUUUGGAAGUGAAAGCGAGGGGAUGAAGCCACGGCUUUGCUGCGGAACAAAGACUUUUUUGCAGCGGUCGCCUUUCAGAGAGAGAACUGUGAGCGCUCUGCUGGAGAGAGACGAAGCUGACGGAGCGAAAACAUGGCUGAAGAGAAUAAUCGGGCUAAAUUUUUGGGAGAGUCUUUGGCUCAUGAUGAUUUUCACAUAUACAGACACGUUUAUAAAAGUGCUUUCUUCCCCCUGAACACCAAACAAACCACAGCAACACCAAAGAAACGCUCUUUAAUCCGUUACAGAAACUCAGAAUUCACUCAUAUUUAAUAAGUUACGAGCACAGUCAAGUUCAUUAUAGGAGUCUGUAUCUAUUUCUGUGCCUGGAUUGUGAAUAUUGUUAAUAACUGCAAAGUUCACACGUAAAAUUGAGCCGCUGGUGUCAAGUCAUGUAAAUAUGUCUUUAAUGUGUCAAUGGAUCUACGCUGCAUGUAUAUUUAAUACUAUUUAUGGCACCUCUGUGUGCUAUUUAAUUAUUUAAUCUCAUUUCUGUAAAAUCGGACAAGUUGGUUUUACUUUGCCUUGAAAAUUGUAAGUUGAUACAGCUAUUAAUCUUAAUUAAUGUUUACUUUUAAGUGUACUUAAGAUUGAGUUGUAUUUACUUAAUUUUGUGAAGUGGUUUCAACUUAAAAGUUACAAAUUUACCUUUACUGUCUAAGUUUUAGCAACGUCAGUAAACCACGUUUACUGAGCUGUAUAUCUGCACUCUGCUGGCUGCAUCAUAUUUGUUUGUUCUUAGACAUGUUAACAAAACUGGGAUUACUGAAGUUGCUGACACUUAGACAGAACGAGGCAAUUUCAAUUAUCAUUUUUAAGUUUAA